AUGGCGGGUCUUGUCGCUGCGCCGAGUCGCCAUGAGGACGAGUGCACACAGAUUGUGGUUCCCACCAUCGCCCCGGAUGUCGUCGCGGCCACGCUCUCCUCACCACCUUUCGUGACCGUAGACGGUGUCAUCAAUAUCCGCGACUUCGGCAACUGCCCCUCCUCAUCCUCGCCAGACGCGGUGGUCAAGCCGCACCACCUCUUCAGGUCGGGCGAGCCCAGUCGCGUCACCCCGAGCGGGGCAGAGGCGCUCCGCGCGCUGGGGGUCAAGAAGGUGUUCGACCUCCGGGCGGACGUGGAGAUCGCGAAGUACAAGAGCGCGAACGCGGGGAUAGAGGGCGUGCAGUUCAUUAGGGCGCCCAUCGUGGACAUGUCGUUCGACCCGGUGGGCCUAGCUCAGAGAUUGAAGCAGUUCGAGACGAGCGAGUCGGAGGCGUUCAUGGUAUUGUACUCUGAGAUCCUGGAACGCGGAGGGGGUGCCGUGGAGACGGUCCUCCUCCAUCUGCGCGAUCACCCCGAUGAGCCUUGUCUCCUACACUGCACCGCGGGAAAGGACCGUACAGGUGUCUUCGCGGCUCUGAUCCUUUUGCUCCUCGGCGCGAGCGACGAGGACAUCAUCGAGGACUAUACGCUCACCACCGUCGGGCUGCAGCCCGCGCUGCCCCUCCUCGUCGCGCGGUUCGAGAAGGAACAGGUCUACCGCGACAACAGAGCGGGCACGCUCAACAUGGCGACGGCAAAGCCGCAGACGAUGCGUGUCUUGCUGGAUCAUGUGCGCGAGAGGUAUGGCGGUGUCGAGGGGUACUUGAAGACGCACACGACGCUGGCGGAGGACGACUUUGCCCGCAUUCGGGCGAAUUUGCUUGUCCCUGCGUGUACCACUCACCAAUGA